UUUUAACGCUCCGUUGAAUUGCUAUGCAUACGUCUGAUGCUGCUGCUAGCAUAAAGUUUAUUUGUGCCCCUUUUUAUGACAAUGUAUCCAGGCUCUACCAAAACUAUUUCUGGAUAAUAUUUACAAACGAUAUUUUAUGUUACCUUACACGCGUCCAGAUAAAUACUUUUAUAAUCCUUUCAAACAAACAAAAACGAUUUUUGGUGUUUUUAUUAUUUUGUGUCCUUUAUUGCGUCUCUACUGUAUAUUAAAUGAACACUGUCAGCGGAACAUGUCGCACUGCGAAGCCUAAAUAUUGUUUUUGUAUUGGAAACAGAAAGGGGGUGUGGGACGAGCAGUCCAGGACGCAUGCUCGCUCUUCUCCUCAUCCGGGUACCUGCCGUUUACUGUGUGGGUACGGAGGCGGGAAAUGGCGUCCAGAGGUGCGGGCAGGACAGAGGUGAACCUGGUCUGAAGAGGCAAGAGCAAGCGCGAGACCGCGGCGAUCGUCGCUACUGCAACAUUGAAAUUUACCGUUAUCCAGCGAUUUGAUCCCCGGAGCUUGGUCUAUCUUACAUGUGACUCCUACAAAAUGAGGCUGAGAAUGCGAAAGGCUUCUCAGCAGCCAAACCUCACUGGUAGGCCUCUCCCGGCCCGGACCAAACGGAAGCACUCUGAGAUGGAGGAGUGUUCAGGUGAAAGGACAGGACUUCUGUCCAGCAUCAAGAAUUUCAUCCAUGGAAAUUCCAUCACGGUGAAGCAGGAGAUCCCAGCAAAGAAGAAUCGUCUGAGCUGUGAGCUGAUCACUUCCACCCCACAGAGAAAUGACCUGUCAAGGAAAAACAUCUACAGAGCUUGUAGAAGAAGCCCCAUCGGUGGAACUAAAACAAACCAUGACACGAGUAAGCCUGUCAGGCCUAAUGGGAAGUUGGAGGACUCUGAGGAGGUUUUAAGCAGUCCACCCCGCACAUCUCUGCUUGGGACCAUCUUCUCUCCUGUCUUCAGCUUCUUUUCACCAGCAAAUAAAAACGGCUUGAAUUCUCCAGAUCAGGAGGUGGAGGCAGAAGAGAUUGUGAAGCAGCUGGAAAUGGAGGAAGUAGAGGAGAUGCCCACCAGUAUUGCCACAUCUAAAGAGCCUAUGAGUGUCCCUCUAUACACCAGUGCCAUGCCCCCUGCCCUUAGGCCACCACCACCCAUCCACACAUCUGCAGAAGAGGUUGAAGACACCCCUCACCCUGACCUGCCCCCUCUAACAGCACCUGGAUCUCCACCAGCCGGGGGGUACGUGGAUGCUUCUAUCACUGUCCCAGCUGAAGGAUCAUAUGAGGAGGAGUGGGAAGUGUUUGAUCCGUAUUUUUUCAUCAAACAUGUACCUCCGCUAACAGAAGAACAAAUGACUCGCAAACCUGCGCUCCCUCUUAAGACUCGCAGCACUCCCGAAUUCUCCCUUGUACUUGAUCUGGAUGAAACUCUUGUCCAUUGUAGCUUGAAUGAGCUGGAUGAUGCAGCACUUACAUUUCCUGUCCUCUUUCAAGAUGUCAUUUACCAGGUUUAUGUGCGAUUGAGGCCAUUUUUCAGAGAGUUUCUGGAACGCAUGUCUCAAAUUUAUGAGAUUAUUCUCUUUACUGCCUCGAAGAAAGUUUAUGCAGACAAGUUGCUCAACAUUCUUGAUCCGAAGAAACAGCUGGUGCGGCACCGAUUAUUUCGUGAGCACUGUGUCUGUGUACAAGGAAAUUACAUUAAGGAUUUGAAUAUUCUUGGACGGGAUCUAUCCAAGACUAUAAUUAUUGAUAACUCACCACAAGCCUUUGCUUAUCAGCUCUCCAAUGGAAUUCCUAUUGAAAGCUGGUUCAUGGACAGGAAUGACAAUGAGCUUCUAAAGCUUGUUCCCUUCUUGGAAAAGCUGGUGGAAUUGAAUGAGGAUGUGCGGCCACAUGUUCGCGAGCGGUUCCGGCUGCACGACCUCCUUCCCCCUGACUGAGUGCUCAUUGUGGUAUGAAACAGUAAUAAAGAAAACAAAUGCAGAUAUAUGCUUUGGACUACAAUAUUAUUGCCAUUACGGUUUAAAUUAACCUUAGUUCCCCUUGUUUUAAUAACUUUAACAUAAAAAUUCUCAAACGCUCCCUUUCGACUCUCCCUUUCUUCCAAAGUAAAUGUGUAGCAGUCAAAGAAAAUCAUGUUUUUUUUUUUUUGGUGCUCCAAUGAAAUUGGUUGGUGCUGUUAACCAAUUUCAACAGGAAUGGCCAGUAAGAGAAGUUUACCUUUCGACAGAAGUUAGAUAUUUAUGUCUCAAUGGAAUUAAAAUUUUUCCUAGUAGUUUCAUUUUUAACAUGUUCAUAAUGCAUUCCUCUACACCUGUGUUUGUUAUUUGGAUGGUGUUUGUCAAAUCAGCUCCGGACUUCUGCCAAAAUGUUAAUUUUGUUAAUUUUUUCACAGAGAUGAGUAAAAUCAUUAUGUUAUGUAAGGCAUGACUGCAAUAGAAUGGUUUAAACCAUAGUGAUGGCUGUUUCUUAAUAAACGGGUUUGCAACGAGUACAUUUUUAAUUGUUUAACCAAAUAGUUCCCUUACAAAGCUUCAAGUCCAGCGUCAUCUUAAUAUUUCAAACUUAAGAUUUUUAUUUUAAGAGCUCAUGCAUUAGCUGUUAAUAGUAGCAUCUGUCUGUCAAAAAUUGUACACAAAUAGUAUUCUUCAUACUGUUUCAUUUUUAUAUACACGUGUUUUUUUCUACUUUUUCACUGCUUCAAGUUAAGCCUUUCUUGAUUGAUUAUUACGUGUUAGAUUUAAAGCAAGUUAAAUUAAGAAAAUAAUGUAGCAUUACGGCGAGCUGAUCUUGUUCUACCUGAGCUGCAAACUAACAAUAUGUAGGGCUGAAGCCUAGAAUAGCCCUGUUUUUAGCACCAGCAUAACAACAACAAGCCUCAUCGCUGUGGUUUAAACCUGACUGCCUGUAGUUCAGUUUUUUGCUAUAUUGAAGUGUUUUUUUUACCAUUGUGUGGGUUAUUGCUGAUGAAUGAGAGCGUAUAGGUCUGAAAGAAUGGAAGAUGACUAUAGUGCAAAGAUUGUUUUAUUUUCUUUACAUCACUUUUAGGUGAUGCCUCGAAUCCAGUAAUACGCAGAGUAAGAGAUCAAACUACAGUAGUGCCAUUCAGAAAGAGGAAUGCAGGGCCGGGCUAGUUGUAUUCCCUACUCAUUUUUUUUCUGAUUUCUGCCUUAUUAUGUACUGUAUGUGUUUAUAUUGGAGAUUUACAUGUUCACUUGCUAUUAUGCCACUGGUGCCAUUUACGCUUUUUGAGUUUACAGUGUACUCUUUUGGUUAUGGGUCUUUUUUAGUAAUGGACAAUCAAUGGUUAGAUCAUUUGUCUACUCUACUUUGUUAACCUGUCACAAAAAUGUUUGUUAAAAGUACUUUUUUGGGAAGUCGAGGCCUUUGGUUUUACUUUAAAAAAAUUGUAUUGUCUUGCCUGUAUGAAGUGUGCAAAUAGUUGUGUCCUUGCAGUUGUUUUAUUACCAUUAUUUUUUUAUUACUGUUACAUUUUUAACCAUAAAAAUAUAUUGGAAGGUACUCAUAUUGUCAUUCUAAAUAUGUCAUGGUACUUCCCAAUGUAUAAAGAAAAAGGGAGUGUAAAUAAGUGAUCCUAAGGAUCCUGCUUUACAAAAGCUUUUUUUCUGUUUGACAGAGCCCGUAAGCACCAAACACAUCUUUCAUACCUUAAUUGGCAAAGGUUACACAUAUUUUCUAAAAAUAGUUAUACACAAUUAACAUUAUUGUUUUUAUUAAGAAUUCUUCUCUACAUUAAUGCAAAAUUACUUUUUCAAGUGAUGCAAAAUAUGACGGUAGUGUCCCAAGAACGAUAUCUCAGAGGCAGGGGUUGCAACUACCCUUUGGUCCUGGCACUUUUUAAGACAGAAUAAUUUUGUAUGAUUGUAAAAGAGCAGUAGUGUAUUAAGUGUUUGUUUCAUAUGUAAAACCAUCAUUGUAAUGUGCUUUUUGUACAAUGCAUAUUGUACUAAAACAUGCAGUUUCAUGGGGAAAGAUGUAAAAGAAACUCUUUUUGUAUUUUUGAUUCUUUGUAUUUUAAAAGGCAUGUCAUCUAUUUUUCAAGAUGUAUUAAUGCAGAUUUAACUUGACAUCAGUUUUUUAUUAUUGUAUCUUUGUAGUUAGCACAAUCACUGAACAUUCUCAGCAUGUACAAAAGCCUGCUAUGUAAGAAAGUUGACAUUUUAAUCAAGGCACUUUUUGCAGAUGAAUGUUUCAGGUUUGUUUUGUUUUCUUUUAUACUUUCAAUCUUCAAAAGCCAUAUGGCUUGUGAUUGUCCUCGGGGUGCAUUGGAGAAACACUCUGGGUCAAAAUGUCAAUUCCUGAAACAUGAUGUGUUAUUUAAGAUUGCUCAUAUAUUUGAAAAUAAGUCUUUGGAAAAUUGCAUGCUCUUUUCAUUUUAAUGUUAGCUUAUGUCAAAACAUGUUAGAUAAUUCAGAAUGGAUGGUUGUAUUUCAUGUAUUUUUCUGCUACUUCGUUUUACCAUCAAAUGGUGUGUUAUGUCAAGGAGAUUUUAUGGACAUGACUUGUAUCGAUUUUGUCAGCAUAAAUGGCAUCUGUUGAUGCAAUCUGAUGCAACCUCAAAA